CAGAGAAGCUCCCAAAUUCAUCUGAAGUCAAAUAUCUAAUUUUGAGUGUGUCCCUUAUGGAUCGAGAAGCUCUUUCGUGUGCCCUCUAUUUGAUUAAGAACUCCCCAAAUUUAACAACACUUUCGAUCAGGUCAAGUAGUCGAUCAUCUUCCACGGAUUCUCUUGAUCUUGAAGUCUUCCCGGACUUCAAGUUGGAUCAUCUUCAAAAUUUGUGGAUCGUUGCUAUGAGAAUCUUGCCUAUUGAGUUUAAAUUUUUGAAGCUUCUCAUGUCAAGGGCAUCUAUGCUAAAGCAAGCCUUUGUGGAGGUUGAUUCUAGUGUUUAUAGUCUGGAAGACCUGAAGGUGUUUAAAGAAUCAAUAUGGGAGCCAUAUCCGAUUGCAUCAUGAACUAACUUUGGCAACAAGAACUAAUUAUUGUCGUA